AAAACAAUAGCGUUUGAGCAAACACAUUACACAAUGGUCACAGCGUGUCAUACAUACUCAAAUGAAUUAUGUGGAAUUAGUGAAGUUGAUUACAGUGUGGGUAUAUAAGAUCAAAUUUUGAUACAGUAUGGCUGCAGGGACAACCAUCUUAAAGUAGUCAAUUCCAGUUUAAUUUCCAAAAUGUUUGUUGCCUUGACCCUCGUCGUUGCCACCGUGGGGCUUAUAAUCUACAUCCUUAAAAUCUAUGAAGCCCGUGCAAAAAGCUACUGGACUGAUCGUGGAUUUGCUUCCACCCCAAGCGGAGUUUCCUUCUGGGACAUAUUUUUGGGAAAAAAGGAUGCGAUCGAUUCUGACGUUGAAAUCUACCAGAAAAUUGGUCAUCUCCAGGAGAAAGUGGGUGGGGUCAUGGAACUGGGAGCAUUUUCAUCUCCAAUCCUGUUUGUCAGAGACUUGGAUGUCGCAAAAGACAUUUUAAUUAAGGAUUUUGACCACUUCUUUGACAGAAGAAGUUUUGGGGAUUUCGAUAAAUUGUUCAACGAUGGACUUUUCAAUAUGAAAGGACAAGACUGGAAAGAUAUGAGAACAUUUUUGAGCCCCACAUUCACUUCAGGCCGGAUACGUAGCAUGUUUUCCCAUUUUGAGAGGACUGCUGACAAGUUGAAACAACAUGUCAAGUCAUUUCCAGUCACAAAAUCCGGAUUUGAUAUUCCAGUUUCAGAAUCCAUGCGAAAAUAUACGCUCGAAGUAAUUGUUACUUCAGUUUUCGGCAUGAGUGUUGAUGUCUUUAAGGAAAAUGACAUUAUGUUCGAAAUGGCUGAAAAAUUUGGUCACUUCUCUUAUUCUCGAAAAAUUAGACUCUACAUGAUUCAAAAUUUUCCAAAGUUAUCAAAGCUUUUAAAAAUUAGUGGAGUUGAUCAAGAUGUUUCCGACUUCUUUUGGGGAAUGUUGUCAGCAGCAUUGAAAGCCAGACAGGAAGGAAACAUAAAAGGGAACGACUUUGUGCAAAUGUUGGUUGACGCCCAGAAUGGCAACCUGAAAGAGGAUCAGGAGUCGGAGUUAAGUCGGGAGGAAAAGGACGCCAUUUUAAAACCCAAGUCCGGUGGAAAUAAGAACAAUAUAAAAUGGAGCAAUGAACUCGCCAUUCCACAAGCAUUUAUAUUCAUGGUGGCUGGUUUCGAUACGGUCGCGAAUAAUUUGGCAGUAGCGAGUUAUAUUUUAGCCACGCAUGAAGAUAUACAAGACAAAGUUUAUGAGGAGGCUUGUCGUGUCUUGGGGAAUGGGGAAGAUGGAAAGAAAAUUGCAUAUGAGGAGGUGAAUCGCUUGGAAUAUAUCGACAUGUUCAUAUCGGAGGUCCUUCGUCUGUACCCUGCGGUGUCUAGGUUAGACCGGAAAUGCAUGCGAGACUAUGCAUUGUCAACAUCGGAUGGUGAGAAACCUUCCAAGACACAAGUCAUCAAGGCAGGGACAUUCAUCGCAAUUCCGGCCGAAGCUAUCCAACGUGAUGAACAAUACUAUCCUGAUCCUUUAAAAUUUGACCCUGAGCGAUUUAACCAAGAGAACAAAACCAAACGGAAUCCAUAUGCUUACAUGCCAUUCGGCAUUGGACCCAGAAACUGCAUUGGAAUGCGAUUUGCUCUGGUAGAAACUAAAGUUGCGUUGGCACACAUUGUACGCAGCUUUAAGAUUGGACCGACAGAAAUCCCAACUUCUAAUCAAGAAAGUGUAUUUCGAACCGUUUUUGGUUAUCGACUUUCCUCAGACUUGAAGUUGAGAUUUACGCCAAGAGUAUAAAUAACUAACUACGCUUUGAAAAAUGGGUAGAAUCAUCAUACAGAUAUUUUUAUGUAACAAAUUAAAUGGAUUACAUGGAAAUUGUUGUUGAUCUUAA